AAAACCUAAACCAUAGCUUAUAUUUCUUCUUCCUAAAUGAGCUAAGAGUAAAAUCUUCUCCAUAAAAUAUAUAUUGUGGUUAUAACAAGGCAAAAGUUUUAGUGAGAAUCAUUGGUAUUCAAUAGAAGAGUGAAAUAAAUACAGCCAAGGGAAGACCCAGGUGUCAUACUUCUCUUGUAUAUUCCAAAGUUCCAGUGAAAUUCCAGGUAAUAGAGGUUAUUUCCCGCACUGUUAAAGCGAGGUUACAGACACUUCUGAAUUUUGUCCCAGUGCUGAAGGAGGGCACACCUCUGUCCUGGAAAAUGACACAGGGAUGAAUUCUCUUCCCAUGACUCAUUCUGGUCAUUAUUCCAGCAUCACAGAAACCAAAAAAUAGGAAUACAGCCAAAUACAUGAUUUGCUAUCCCUCGUCUUCAGAUUUCUUGCCUGUUUCUUAUGGAUAAUAACUGCCUUAAGGAUUAUGAUGAAAAUAUGAUAUCCAAGUAUGUGUACAGUGUUGAACAAAAUGCCUAGUACAAAUUGGUCAAUAAAUAAUUAUGUGACUACUGAAUUACAUGGAUUCUAUAAAUAACUAAUAAAUAAUUAUUGUGAUUCCUUUUAUUGGCAGUGCUCAAAACUCAUCCCUGUGUGACCUCAAGUAAACCACGUAACUUUCUGAACCUGCAGUUUCAUCAUUUUUAAAAUGAAGAAACUAGACAGAUUUUCAUUUUGACACAGAAUGUCAGGUUUUUGAGACACCAGAGAAUAGAUAAAUUUACAGCUUUUAAUACAUCUGAAAGCACUGUCAUUACACAGUGAAGUUGGAGGAUGGUGCGAGCUGCUGAGAGGCGCACUUUCCAAUGGGAUUGAUCCAGUCCUCCUCCCUUCACUUUCACGUGAAUGUUGGGUAGCCCAUGGUCACACUCAUCAUGCCCUCAACUCAGGCAAGUCCAACAGCCACACUUAGGAGACCUGGGCUACAGGACAAACUCCCAAGUCCUAGCCUCACAAAACUUAGUUGAGGAUGGAAGCUGAGAAAGCGAGGAGGUGGUUCGGGGAAGCACGCUCCCCUACUCGACCCUCUCAUCUCAAACUCACCUUCUGCUGCACAGGAACACUGAGGAUCACCAACUAUCCCUGAUCAUGAGCUUAAUCUUGUCAGGUUCUGUUAGUGUAAUGCAACCACACAUCAACGGUGUUAGAGCAACUCAAUAUAUAUAUAUGUAUAUAUCCAAUAAUAUUCUCUGAGAAGCGUUCCAGGCCCUGUUCUUUUCAAUAUAUGGGAAAACUAAAAACAACAAAAUAGCAUCAGGUUUACAAGACUCCCCAAGAUACAUGGUCACAUAUGUUUUCAGGGGAUAUAUACAAAUGACUAUGAUCACUUGAUUCCUUGAAAAGAGCUCUUGUGGAACCAGAAUGAUAACUGUUAAAUGACAAGUAUGAAACGAGUAUCCAGUGACAUUAAAAAAACAAACCAACCUACACAAAGAGGAAAAGCUACAGAUGUGGGGAUGUGAAACUGGUCUUAAGCAUAAUGAAAAGACAAGAUGCUGCCCCAGUAAGAGAAAAGAAAUCAACAUAACAGUGGGAAGCAGCAAGAGGAAUAAUGAUCCAGGAGAGAAAAUAUUUUCUAAAAAUGAAUUAUUCAUUCACUUUUCAGUAGCUACAAAAAAAAAAUGCAGAAGAUCCAGGGCAUAUUACGGCAGUCUAAAAGUCUGAUAUCUUUCACAUGUGGAAAAGCCUUAAGAUCUGAUUCAACUUAGAGAAAGUAGAGUGACUUCGGGACAACCGCUAAGAAAAUAUAACCUUUUGGGAAACUCUCUCUACCUUGAUGAUUUUAUACACACAAGAGAUGAGCAAUGAGAACAUGCUUAGAUGUAUUGGGAAAGAGGUGGACCUAUAGCAUUGUCACAAGGGUGCACAAAUACUCAGAGUGACUGCUGAAGAAAUGGUCCCCAUCAGUGACCCUCAGAUGAGACCAGGGAGCCUAGUGUUUCAGAACAUCCUGGGCAACUGGAAUGCAGGGCUCCUAAGAUUCCAUGACACUCCCACCUUCUAAUUCUGUUAUUGCAACUGCAGACCGUUACCUGGCACGCUAGCUGCUACCUCCCUCACUCUUGUCAGAGUCGGAGCUUUAGGCAGUGCCUUCAACUCUGAGCUCAGGCAUCCUGGACCCUGUUUUUGCGGUUAAGGACUCUAAAGUGUUGUGGGGUGUUGAUCAAGUUUUUCUCAACCGUAAGUUAACAAUUCCAGUUAUUGUCAUCUCUCAGUCCUGAUGAAACCUAACUGAUCUCAGUAGUUUUUGACACAUCAUGUGUUUGGGUUUCUUCUCCCCAGUCCCUGGCGCUACCUCUUCUGCCACAAACGUCAGCAUGGUGGUAUCUGCCGACCCUUUGUCCGGCGAGAGGGCAGAGAUGAACAUCCUAGAAAUCAACAAGGAAUUGCGCUCCCAGCUGGCAGAGAGCAAUCAGCAGUUCCGAGACCUCAAAGAGAAAUUCCUUAUAACUCAAGCUACUGCCUACUCCCUGGCCAACCAGCUGAAGAAAUACAACUGUGAAGAGUACAAAGACAUCAUAGACUCUGUGCUGAGGGAUGAACUGCAGUUCGUGGAGAAGCUGGCAGAGAAGCUCAGGCAAGCUGAGGAGCUCGGGCAAUAUAAAGCCCUGGUUCACUCUCAGGAACGAGAGCUGACCCAGUUAAGGGAGAAGUUACAGGAAGGGAGAGAUGCCUCCCGCUCACUGAAUCAGCAUUUCAAGGCCCUCCUCGCUCCUGAUGACCUUGACAAGUCCCACGGUCAGGAUCUCCGAGAGCAGCUGGCUGAGGGGCGCCGGCUGGCAGAGCGCCUUCUCCAGAAGCUGAGCCCAGAGAAUGAUGAAGAUGAGGAUGAAGAUGAGAAAGAUGAGGAGAUUGAGAAAGUACAGGAAUCACCUGCCCCCAGGGAGGUGCAGAUGGCUGAAGAAAAGGAAGUCCCUCAGGACUCACUGGAGGAAUGUGCUGUCACUUGUUCAAAUAGUCACGACCCAUCUGACUCCAACCAGCCUCACAGGAGCACCAAAAUCACAUCUGAGGAACACAAAGUCGACUCUGCUCUGGUUGUAGAGAAUGAACUCUCUCAUGAUGAAGGGGAGGAAGCUCUAAACAUUCUCCCAGAAAAUCAAAAUGAUCGUGAGGAAGAAGAGGGGAAAGCACCAGUGCUCCCCAGGUAACUGUGGAUUUGUGGGCUGAGGGUGCAGGAGUCUGACGAGAAGGGAGUCCUGCAGGACUUACCAGAGGAAUGUGGUUUUUCUCAUUCUAGACACAAUGAUAUAUCCAACUCUUACCUGCAUCAUGAAGUCACUUUCUUGGCACUGGAUGAAGAGAAAGUUUGCUCUGCUCAGGAUGUUGCCAGGGAUUACUCCAAUUCCAAAUGGGAUGAAGCCCCACUUGGCUUCCUAGAUACCAAAUACUGCUGGAAGGAUGCAAAGGAUGAAAGGAUGUCACAAAAAGUAACUUUUCCACUUGAUGAAAACAACUAAAACAGCAAAGCAAGUUCAAAUCCAAACACAAUACUGCAGGGGUCCUUCACUGAGGAUUGA